AUGAUAAAUUUGCAAAUUAGAAGAAGUGCCACCCGAUCUUCUUUGCUGAUGAAAAAAUUCCUCAAGGGGCCUCGAGCGGCUUCCACUGCUCCGCCUAUCCUCCUCGCAGCAAGGUUCUAUUCUCUUCAAUUCUUCUCAGAAUCUACCCGAAAGAUGAGCUGCUGCACUAGGUCGACGGCCAUUGAAAACAAUGAAGCAGACCAUUUCAUCAAAUUGCAAUUGAAUUAUACAUGCACAGGAGCACCAGUUUCACUUCUGACAGAAUUGCUACAAGCAGUUGUGCCAAGUGUUUAUCGCAAAAACAAGAAGUACGGAGUACAAAAACAACCUUCUCUAACAAGAAGUUUUUUCCCAACAAAAAAAUCUCUACAUGGAUAAUUAUUUCUCGUAAGAAUAAAAAUCAAGUCAAAAAUAUAUACCGGCUUUGCUCCGCUGGUGGCAGUACUUAUCGCACGUUCGAGUCUAGUAGAUCUCGCGGGUCGAUUUUCCUUGGAAUUCCUACCGUGGGGAAACAGGAACGAGAAAACUAAACCUUUUUCUUUGAGUAAUAAAGAAUUUUACAAGACCUUCCUACUUUUUGGACAAUUUCUGAAAUCGUUUUGGACAAAUAUCUCGAAAAUCUUCACAUUAUUUCCUUGAAAAUCAAAAUCUAAAUCUCUAAGCACUUCAACUUCUAUAACCGCAAUAUUUCUAUCGCGCAUUACACAUCUCACGGGGCGAAGGAAUCGGACCGAGACAGGACAACGUCAAACGCCAAACGGUGAGCUUCCAUUUUCCUACAACUACCAAAAUGCAGCCGGGACACCAAAGUAAGAUCACGAUGGCCCCCCGCCCCGGCGGCGGCGCUACUACUUUUCGGAAG